GCGGCGCCUUCUCGAACUACGUCAUCCGCAGACGACGAUACUCGAAGCAAAUUCAAUAAAAAUUUGUUUUUCCGGCUUAACAUUACAUAUACGACAAUCCCGUGGUAAACAAUUUAAAAUGACUAGUGUCCAACCUGUUAAAAGUGUCGAAAAUGAAUUCAUCAUUCAGCGCGUGGAGGGAUUGCUCCAAUCAUGGAGUCCAUCGGAAUAACAUACGGGAGAGGUGUCCGCAGCAUCAGGAGGCGAAGACCCAGAAGAGAUGAACUCUACGGACACCAACCCCCUUCGCAAUGGGUGCGACGACAUCUGGACAUGGGACAGAAGAAAAAAGAGCCCCGAGGUUAAGCUGCACGGUCCCGGUUUGCGUAUCGCACAUUUUCACCCUAAUUGGAGCAGCGGUACCGCUGGAGUUAGAGGCACUAAGAUACUUAAUAAUGGACGAUACUUUUGGGAACUUCAUUUAUCUAGGCGGAUUUUUGGUACUAGCAUGAUGUUUGGAAUCGGUACAAAAAAUGCUCGUCUCCAUGCAGACUCAUUCACCAACCUAUUAGGCAAAGACAACCAAGGCUGGGGCCUCUCCCACAAAGGUCUCCUUUGGCACAGCGGCAGAUGGACCCAUUACACGAAGCCGUUUCGAGAAAAUGUCCCAACGAAAAUCGGAAUCCUAUUUGACGGUAUAGCCGGCACAGUUACGUAUUACAAAGACGAAAAAUGCCUCGGUAUAGCCUUCCGAGGUCUUAACGAAAUCAAAGAACCACUAUUUCCAGUUAUAUGUUCAACAGCUGCUAAGACUGAGAUGCUUCUAGAUACUAUGAAAAGAGAUUUCGUCAAUCUUCAAGAUAGAUGUCGAGCCGUUAUAGUGAAAAGGAUAAAGAACAAGGAAGAUUUAGAGAAACUAUUUUUGCCUCCCAAAAUUAGGCAGUAUCUAAGCGAAGCUAUACCUGACAUUAUGCAACCUUUUAAGCCUGUCAAUCAGAAUGUAGAUAAUAACGUUGGAUCCGUUUAAAGUAGGUAUAUCUUUAGACACGGUCUAUAGGAUGAAUCCGUGAAUUUUGUAUCUUGUGCCAGUUUUUUAAUAUAAAUUUUUGUUUACUUCAAGGAACUGAAUAACUUUGUAAAUACAAUAAACUUAAUAUAGUGGUUUUAAAAAAAAAAAACUAAAUAUUAAGCGAUAAAGCUUUAAAGUUUUCUGGCAAAUGUUUAGUUAAACUAACAAUAAAUAGCUAAUGACAUACCAAAUGUUUUAUUGAAUAUAAUUUGCGUGCAGAUGAGAAUUCUAUCUAAAUUUAAACAUAAUUUUAUUAUGAGGAUUAUCCUGCAUAAAUUGUUGAUACAACUUAAACAUUUUACAAUUUUUUUCCAUUCAAUUCCGACAAGCUCUAUAUAAAACAGUUUUGUGCUGUUGCACUGAAAUUUCCAUUAUAUUUUUCUUGAAGAAAUAAGUAAAUAUUACAAUUUGUAUUUGUAUUGCACCCAUGCUUGAGUGUGCUUUCGUUGUAGUUUGUAUAGGGUUAUUCAUUAUAAAUUACCCACCAUUGUUUUUUAUUUAACGUCUACCUAUAUCAUAUGUAGGUAUUAUUGCAUAACUAUACAAGAAAAAAGUUUUAAAUAAAUAAUGUUGUGUAGGUAUGAGUGAAUUUUGUUAAAAUGCCACCAGAAGCACAGACAUCCAAAAAUGUAUAUCAAAUAUGUAAUGAUAAAAAUAACAAAGAGUGGGUAAUUUACAAUGAAUAAAUCAUGUACUUGUGAUUUUGUUAAAAGAAUUGUAAAUUCAUAACACAACCAUCGCUGGUGAAAAGUUACCAUCAUGUAAAAUAAUUUGUAAACAAUUAUUAUAAUUAAAUAGGUACCUAAAAUAUCACAAUUUUGAAGUAUUUUAUUUAAAAAAAAUACAAAUUACUUAGAACUGGUUAUUCAUUCUAAACUACUAAAUCAGCGAAAAUAAAAUACUUCAAAUAAAGUUGAAAACUGUAUAUUGAAUGUUUUUUGUAUGUUUAGAAUUACUGAGUGAAACUAAAGCACUAAACAUUGGAUUUUUACAUUUUAAAGCAAAAUACGUAGAAAGAACCCCGCACAAAUCUUAUGGAAAUUGGCUUAGGUCAAAUUUGGAUGUUAUUCGUUUCGGCAUCCUGAGCAAAAGUCUCAAUGGGCACAAGACUCA